CGUAAAGUUUAUCCAACUCAAUUAGGGUUUACACGACGGAUCUGAAAUCUAUGAGAAAAUCUGCGGAUAAAUUCAUAUAUUUCGGAUCCGGAUUGCAAACCCUAAACUAAGUAAUAGUAUCGAGUUGGUCCGAACACUAUAUUGGCUGUGUAUUAAUGGCUUCCGUUUUGUUUGCGUUGCGCGCGCCUCUAGUGGCCACAGUUUGAACUAGUUAUCAAUAUCAGCUGUUAGGCCGCCUACGCCUCCGCAACACGGCCUGUAUGCGCAAUAUGCGCUUAUCUCUUUUCCGCUUGCGGCAGAGACAUCGAUCGUUCGCGCCGCGCUCUCUCCAGCCAGUGUGAUCGCCUCCGCGGGCAGUCCGUGUGACGGCGUGUCAGGCAGUGCGCCUGUGCUGCGCGUUAUCGAUCCGCCAUCGGCGCCGCAUUGCCGUACAUUCCGGAGGCGGUGCCUCGCCUAGUUUUCGUCGAUCGUCGUGGUCUUUGACGUGGCGGGCGCGUGUCGGCGUCGGCGGCGGCCCGGGCGGCCCUGCGCAGUAGCGCGGCGAGGAGCGCGGGAGCGAGCGACCUUCCGCCAAAACCGGCUCGCGGUCCGCGGCGGAGGCACGGCUGUGAUGUAGCCGCGGCCCGCGCUAGCGGCCUUCGGACAAAGGAUCCGCGCCAGUCGAGGCACUUUUCGCGAUGAAGAAGUUUACGUUCAAGGGCGUGCUGGACGGGUUCCGCAGCAGCGUGCAGGCGGCGCCGCGCGGGACCGAGCAGGAGAUCCAGGAAACUCUGCGCUCGGACCACUUCCAGAUCAAAAAGACAUUUCGACAUGGCUUCCCGUUCUCGCCAACUGCGCUAGCAUGGGACCCCAUACAGAAGCUGCUCGCUAUAGGCGACAAAGGCGGCAACCUGAGAAUUCUAGGCGGCCCCGGAGUGGACGCGCACGCUCGGCACGAAGCCGGCGAGGCCGUAGUCCGGGCCCAGUUCCUCGUCAACGAGGGCGCUCUGGUUACAGCUACGGCCGACGACCAACUGCACCUGUGGACCUUCAGACAGAAAAGCCCGCAGCGAGUACAGAGCCUCAAGUUUCAGAGAGAGAGAAUCACAUGCCUGCACUUACCGCUGCAGUCAAAAUGGGUGCACGUCGGCACGGAGCGCGGCAACGUGCACGUGGUCAACAUUGAGACGUUCGCGCUGAGCGGCUACGUCAUCAACUGGAACAAGGCCAUCGAGGUUACGAGAACGAAUCACCCGGGAGCCGUGGUGGAGAUAUGCGACAACCCCUUGGAUGCCAAUAAGCUGCUAGUAGCCUACGAGACCGGACUAGUAGUAGUCUGGGACCUCCGAGCUAAGGCAGCCGAAUGGCGCGGCUCGCUCGGAACCCCGGGCGAAGGCAUUCGCGCGGCCGCUUGGCAACACGAUGGGAAAUUCAUGACUGCGCAUGUAGAUGGAGCAUUGGCUGUAUGGAAUACGCGUCAACCUAGACCGACAUCUCUGUCUUAUCCCCAUGCAAAAGCGAACAAAGAUGGAAAACUAGAACCUUGCAAACCUAUACACAGACUUGAAUGGAAAACUGCAAAAACAGGGGAAAGCCUAGUAAUAUUCUCGGGCGGGCUGCCAACAGACAAGGCGGGCCGCACGCACAGCAUUACAGUCCUCAACGGCAAAAGCACCACAGUUCUAGAGAUGGAGCACAGCGUGGUUGAUUUUGUCACGCUCUGUGAGAGUCCACACACGGCCGAUUACCAAGAGCCGUACGCGAUCGUGGUGCUCCUCCAGAACGACCUGGUGGUGAUCGACCUGCAGACGCCCGGCUACCCGUGCUUCGAGAACCCGUACCCCAUGGACAUACACGAGUCGCCCGUCACGUGCUGUUCGUACUUCGCUGAUUGCCCUUCAGACUUGAUCCCUGCUUUUUACUCCGUGGGUCGGCAAGGCAACAAGAAGGCGACGGGGUUCAGCGAGAAGGAGUGGCCGAUUAACGGAGGAGAGUGGGCGCCUGCGUCCUGCUCUUACAGCGAGAUUAUACUUACAGGGCAUCAAGACGGUAGCAUAAAAUUUUGGGAUGCAAGUGCAGGGACUUUACAAAUUUUGUACAAAUUAAAGUGUUCUAAAGUGUUCGAGCGGCGCGGGUCCGUGUCGGGCGGCUACGGCGGCGGCAGCGACGACUGCCCGCUCGCCAUCCAGCAGGCGGCGCUGUGCGCGGAGUCGCGGCGGCUGUGCGCGGCGCUGCCGCACGGACACGUGGUGCUGUUCAAAUUCAGGAAACAGGACACGCAUGCUGAGACACAUGUAUUAGAAAUCCCAAUGAUAACGGAUUCACUAGAGGAGGAGGCGUCACCAGAGCCAGAUGGUAGUCGCUCUGCUUCUUUCAGUCGUGGUGGAGACAGUAUAGAGGGAGAGAGUAGGAGAAGUGGUGUAUGGGCGGGGGGAGGAGGCGGCAUGGGCGGGCUGCGCGUGCGCGGCGCGGCCGGCACGGGCGGGGCGCGGCGCGCGGCCGGCUUCCAGGCCGCGCUGGUGGCGCUGCAGCAGGGCGCGCCCAGCCCCAUCACCGCGCUCACCAUCAACUCCUCGUACGGCCUGAUGGCGUGGGGCGGCGAGCGCGGCGUGGUGGUGGUGGACGUGUCGCGGCGCGCCGUGGUGGCGGCGCUGGCGGCGCACGCGCUGUACGGCCCGCUCGACCCCUGGGGCCGCCACCCGCACCCCGCCCAGCCCGGCGCCGAGCGCGCGCGCGAGCCCAGCCUCGACCAGCUCGAGGACGGCUCGGCGCGUUCUCCUCCCGCCGCCGCGACCGCCCCGGCCGCGCCCAGCCCCGCGGAGCCCGACGAGGAGGAGCGCCCGAAGCUGGACGCCCGGAGGAAAUCCACGCCCUGGAAGACCUUCAACCUGAAACGCCAGCUCUCAAAAGUCGACCUCAAACUGAAGGCCGCGUUCGCUGUACCCUCCGAACCGAACUUGGAAGAAAAGACGGAGGAGCCCGUGAGCACUUCGCAGUUUUACGAUACGCCGGUAGAGAAAGCGGAGAUCGCGAUAGAAUCGUUGGAAGAGUCGCCCGAAAGUGAAUCUCCGCGUGAGGAUGAGGAGGGAAGUACGGCGGCGUCCCCGGCGCGCGGGGAUAUGUUCGAACGCAUGCAUAAAGAGUUACAAGAACAGGGGCAGCCGAGCCAGAGUCAGCCUCAGCCGGGGCAGCCGGGCGACGUGUACGAUCGCAUGCACAAAGAGUUGCAGGAGCGCUGGCAGGAGCGCGACGAGGCGACGCGGCCCGACUCGCUGGCGCUGGAGGAGCCGCCCGUGAGGCCGCCGCGGGCCCGCGAGCGCGAGCAGCGGCUGCUGUCCGUGCCCAACAUUAAGUACGGCAAGAAGACGGAGGUGAAGGACCUGCGGCGGCCGGGGGCGGCCGCGGGAGCCCCGCCCGCCUCGGGCAUCGGGAACCUGAUGCGGCGCUUCAGGGAGUAUCUAGCGCGCCUGUGCCCGAGACGCGAGGGGCGGGAGGACGUUGACGUUGAAGCGCCAGACAAGCUGGACAGCUCGUUCUCGCGCUCGAGAUCCAGCAGCAUGUCGAGCCUGGAGAACAUCUCGCAGGAGGGCAUCCAGUGUCUCGCGUUCGCUGACAGCUAUACGAAGAAAUCAGACCCCACGACGCUGCUGCCGACCCUGUGGAUCGGCACGACGCUGGGUUCCGUGCUCACCAUGAUGAUCAGCCUGCCCGAGGCCGACAAUAGGCAUACGCAGCCCGUGGUUGUUUCCAUGAGUGGUGGUCCUAUUUUCAGGUUAAAAGGUUCAAUUCUGGCGAUGUCAUUCCUAGACUGCAAUGGUGCUUUAAUACCUUAUUCAUUUGAGAGUUGGAAAGAUGAUGCGAAAGAUGUAAGAGGAAGCCGCGAACGAACGCCAACGAAACAAAGCUCAUCGAGCAGCGGCAGCCGCAUGAGCCCCACGCCGGGCGCGGAGGGCGGCAGCGUCGGCGACCGCCAGUUCGUGGUGAUCGCCAGCGAGAAGCAGGCGCGCGUGGUGGCGCUGCCGAGCCAGAACUGCGUUUAUCGACAGCAGAUUGUGGACACUGAUUUCGUUGUUAAGGCUGAGAUUGUUAGCUUGAAAGAUAGUGUAUGUCUUGUCAAUUACCUGUCAACGGGGCAUCUAGCCGCGUACAGUUUGCCCUCUCUGCGGCCGCUCGUGCACGUCGACUUCCUCCCUCUCUCCGAGCUCAGCUUCCAGACACAGUCCAAACAGAGGGGUAUCGUAGACCCAAUGCUCUCCAUAUGGGGCCAACAGCUCAUUGUAAACGAAGACACGGACCAGAUAGCGAAGACGUUCUGCUUCAGCAACCGCGGGCACGGGCUGUAUCUCGCCUCGCCCACGGAAAUACAGAAGUUCACCAUCGACGCGGAGUUCUGCAUGAGUCUCAACGAAAUGCUGGGCGAGUUGUUCCUGCCGCGUGACAUGCCGGAGCCACCUAAGGAGAGUUUUUUCAAAGGCCUCUUCGGCGGCGGUUCUCGGCCUCUCGACCGCGAAGAGCUCUUCGGCGAGCAAAGCGGCAAGCCGAACCGCACCGUAGCGAAAGUGAUCCCCGGCCCCAAGGAGAGCCUGGAUCAGCUCGGCGCGCGCGCGUCCACGGCGUCCAGCGAGGUGGCGCGCGCGCACAUGCUCGUGCUGGAGCGCGGCGACAAGCUCGGCCAGCUCGAGGACCGCACCGAGCGCAUGGCCAACGACGCCGCGCAAUUUUCGUCGUCUGCGCACCAGCUGAUGCUCAAAUACAAGGACAAGAAAUGGUACCAGCUGUGAGCUCGCCACUCAAGCGGCGCACUCGCCGUGCUGGCCGGCCUCGCUGCGGCCUCGCCGGCCUCGCUGCGGCCUCACCGCGCUCGCCGGCCUCGUUCGCUGUAGUUUAGUACCGGGCCCCGCGCCCUAGAGCUUAGCUACCCACGUAGAGAUCUUAUGAAUACUUUAGACCCUCUAGCCUCUAGGCGUGACUUGAAAUGAAUGAACGCACAAUGUUCCCGCGGGCAGCGCUGGCGCCGCCGCGUUACUUCGCUUGCGAAACACCGGAUUCUUAUAUGUAUCCAAGUGAUGAUCGAUUAUGAGGCUUUCGUGAGUACAGCCCUACGGCCGGUACAGUCGAAUGGUCACAUCACUAGAUGUAGCGUGGCCUGGACCGACAGAUGAGCAUCGCCGCCAUUGCCGUGCUUUAAUGUAAUAAAUUCUUUAUUUGAUGAUUGGUGUACUUUGUUGAAAACAAAUAACCGUAUUACUAAGAAAUGCUUUAUUAUUAAUACGAUGUGUCAGAAAAGUUUAGACGUUUCUAGACUCAAUUUUGUGUAAACUUUAACGGUGGUCUCGGGUCGACUACGUAAGAAAGAUUUGUGAGUGGACGCCUUUUAGAUGAAUUUUAAUUAUGACCGGGAAGAACGGCAUAAUCAAGAAGAGUCUUAAGCUCUGAAAGAGUUCUCUGUCAUUACCUUUAAUUGUUGUAAUGAAAAAUUGAUGAGUUUUUUUUUCAUAAAUAUUGUUUUGAGUUUUUAUCAAUUUGCUGUCUGAUGUUGACAAAAUCUGGUGUUUUGUAAACGAAGCCUUCGACUUCGCGCUGAAUCGUUCAAUUAUUUCUGUGCCUAAUAUUCUUACUUCUUUCGGCGGCGCCGGCGCGUUUUCCGGGCGUUCGCGGAGCGUCUCAACCGCUGAUCUUCCCAAACUAUUUUCUGUAGAUCAUUGAUAUCGCCAGGUUUAGAAAACUCUUCUGUCAAACAAAGUACCGACGAACGGACGUUUUUUUAUUAUUAUCAAUAUUUAUUAGUUAAAAGUGACAUCAACAUUAUAAAAGCUUUUCACGUGAACCCGCUCGUGGGAUUCUCGGAUUUUAUUUCGCAUAUGACGACUUUCUCAAAAAAAAAGGGACGGCAUCGGAUAUGGAAGGGUCUCCUGAUAUUUCCUGAUCAUGGACUUAUUUAAAAGAUGGGGACUGCGGUUGAUACGUUCCGGCGACGUCCCUCCCUUCGCUUCGGGCCGGCGGCGCUCGCCGCUGUACAUACCGUAGCGCCGUUCGUUCACGCGAUGUGAUAAUGUAAAUAAUCGAAAACAUUAACUAUUGUACUUAACUCUUUUUAUACAAUGUACCUAACGGUAGCCCGCUCUGUCUCCCGUAGAUGCACUCGUAGGACUAGCAUGACCGGCCCGCGACGAUUGUCGCGCGAUAUAUAUCGCGGCCGGCUGCGCUAGUCGCCUCCUAGCGUUCGUGUCUGCUCGGCCCGCGCCGGUCCGCGACGGCACAGUUAGUUGUAAAUUUUAUAGAUACGAGAAAUGAAAUAAGUAUAAUGGAUAAUAAUAAUAGUCGACGAUGUUGAUCUGUAUAAAGUAUUAAGUACAUAAUAAAUAAUGAGAUACUUAUAAAGAUUGGAAAAUUAAGCAUUGGAUGACAAUAAUUUUGUUACACUCGUCAGUUUGCGCUCGGCCGUCGGUCCGCCGGGCGAAUCCGAUGUCUUGCGACACUCAAUUUUACUAUGACAAUUUUUUCACGGCAACGCAAUUAUAUUUCAGAGACAGGAUUAAAAACAAGAAUAGGUACAGAUAGAAAAUAUAUUCAACAAAAUACAAUUAUAUCGCCAUGUUUUUUCCGUGUCAAAAAUUGUUGUUGAGAACUUGGUGACGUAAGCCACGGGUGCCUUCACAUUACGUUACGCCCCCGAUCGUUUGUUUAGCAUUUAUUAGUGAAUUAAAGUUAUAUUAUUGUUAGUGUUUAUAAAUAAUCAGACGCGUCAUCGCGACGCACAUACAAAGAAUAGCAAUACUACGUGUGGGCCACCAGCCUAAUGUAAACCAGACCAAUCGGUGUCGUGUCAGUGUUGCUAGCUAAAACAAAUAUAAGAUAAAUAAAGCGAUAAUUACGCUACUAAAAUAAAACGCACGCGACUAAAAGCUGUUGUGUAUAUCGCUGGCUCUUUAAGUAAAAAGUGGGCAACGCGGCGCUGUUUUUUAUACAAAUUAAGGGCUUUGAUAAAGCUAAAAGUUGUUUUCCCGAGCAUAUUUCAAGCGAAUAUGCCCUUUUGGCUAAGGUCUAAAAGCAUUAAUUGUCGUACUUACCUAUAGCCCGAUAAUGAAAGAGCAUCCUUCUCUUACUAUCGCGAGGUGCCAGAACGUGAUAGCACGUUGUUUAUCUUGCCGCGCCGCGUGCCGCCCUAGCAAGUACCGUGUAGUAUAUCGGUGUAUCACAUGGCAAUAAUUUAUAUCUACGCGAAGCCGUCACUGCUCCGUUGCUUUCCGAUCAUUUAUACUUAUCCUUCUAACUUCCUUUGGAUAUUGUAUCGUCCAAUGUCAUUUAAUCGCCUUACUUAGCUUCGAUUUUAUACUCUAUAUAGAGAUGCUAGUUCGAUUUAGUUUGUACGUAUUAGUUAGCGUCUGUAUAAUAUCUUCAGCUGUAUAAUGUUGGAUGCCAAAGGUUUGUACUAUUUUGACGCUGUGUUAUACAUAAUUGUUACACGAUUUGUAAGCGUAAUUUAGUUUAAGAGUUCCGUUUUUGCAAAUAUGACAACUAGAGUACCUUCAUAGGCUUGCGGUGCAUCAGUGCCGCUUGUCGAUAUCACUAUCGUAGCUGUUUUAACCAGAUUAUUUUGGAAUAGACCUAUCGGAAUCGCCGGAUUUUACUCGAAAGUGGCUAUUUUCAUAGAACCGUUUUCCCUGGUGUUUCCAGGUGUUUUAAAGCUUUUAGGUAUUUCUUUAGAACCCGUACCUGCCGCUCGCGUAUCACUGUAUCGUCGCAUAUCAGUCGAGUAAGGUCCGUUGGAACAUAGCCCUAAAGCGUAAAGUAGAUUUUUCAUUUUCACAAGUCGAGUUUAAUAUUAAGGUCCUUUGAAGCAUGUUGAUAUCUCCGUUGAGUAUGAAUCAUAGUUUAUUUCAGAUGAUAGUCCACUAUGUUACUAGCUUUGUCACGGCAAUUGUCGAUAUGUCGACAAAGAUUUGGACAUGAUUGAUGAUUAAUGACAAUGUCAGAAAUGACGUUUGAUAAACACGAUUAUCGUAGCCCUGCAGCUUAUUGCAGUCUAAGAGCCACUUGCACCAUCCCACUAACCCUGGGUUAACCGGUUAAACCGUUAACCGGUUAAACCGUUAACCGGUUAAACCGUUAACCCAGUGUCAAAUUGUACUGGUAAUCAUGGUAACUCCAGGUUUAACCGGUUAACUCCGGGUUAGUGAAAGUCAUUUUCGUAAUUGUCGUGGCAAAGUUUUAAAUGGCUUAGUCGGAAACACUUUGGCCAUAGCUUAGAUCUAUCUUUGGCCAGUGUCGUCGGUACAGCCUUUGUUUAUAAAUAAAAUACAUUUAUCUACAGUCCGCCAUAUUGUCUAGUCUCUCCUCGGUCUCGCUCUAACCGAGGCCGCGCUCUACUAGUGUAAAAAGGACAAGUUAAGUUUUCCCAAUUUUAUUAAAUUGUUAUGCCGUUAAAGUUUAUAUUGUAGUUCUGUUCGAGCUAGCCGAGUUCCGAUAAUACGCUGAGAAUUCAUUUGGAAAUUAUGGGACUAAAUUAAGAUAAGAUUGUAAAUAAAUAAAUAAAUAACAAAAAAAACUUGUGGCAAAUUAUUACUUGUUAAUCUGUAAUAAUGGUCGUUGAUUUUAUUAUUUUGUAUCGAUUAAACGACUGUAUCCUUUUUUUAAACGUUCGGAAAUGUGGAAAUUAUAAUACUAUAACUAUACAUAUUGUAUAUAAAGGAUGCUGUUGAAUUAUAUUUAUUAUUUAGUUUGGUAGAUGAUUAUUAGUCAUUAUAUAAAUAAAUUAUAAAAAUAAAAUAUUAUCGAAAUAA